CAACGAGCUGGUGUUUGAGUCCCACUGGGAUCACUUCAGGCCCAAUCUCACCCCCGAGCAAGUACUACGAGGCGGCGCAUUCGGCGGCACGUACUUCAAGGAGCAUUACUCGCGCCACGGAUGAUGCGCGUCAAGUAUCUCGCUGGCAGAAGGCCGUCGGCCAGACGGGCCGCUUUCGACGUGCAGCUGACAAGAGCGUGGCGAGCAGGCAGAUCUGCUGGCAGUGGGCUGUCGAUGCGGGCUACGAGGCGCCGGAGCCUCAAGCCCCGCUUGUUGGGCCGGACGGAGGGGAUCGCCUCCAAACGCAGGACAGUGCGGAUGAGGAAGGGGACGGGGUGAAGAGUGAGGACGAUGAGCCAUGAGGGCGGGCAGGUGAAGCAUGGUACCCAACGAGUGGCGCUUGCUGGUCUCGAGCAUUGA